AUGAUCAUUACUAAAGAUGAUGUUGAUGGUAUCUCUGAUCUCAAGGCAGACCGUACUUUUGAGAUGAAAGAUCUUAGUUCUCUCAGCUAUUUUCUUGGUCUAGAAGUCAUAUCCACCGAUGAUGGCAUCUAUCUCUUUCAAGCUAAAUAUGCUUCAGAUCUUCCUGCUCGAGCUGGAAUUACAGAUAGUCGUACUAAGUUUACUCCUCUUGAGUCUAAUGUUCGAUUUACUCAUAUGGAUGUUCUUCGCAUUCUUUGCUACAUCAAAGGCACACUAUUCCAUGACCUUUAUUUUUCUGCCCAUUUAUCUUUAUCCCUUCAAGCAUACUCAGAUGCUGAUUGGGCUGGUGAUCCCACUGAUCGUCAUUCCUCUACUGGUAAUUGUUUGUUUCUUGGCGACUCUCUCAUAUUCUGGCGAGCUAAGAAGCAAACAUUCACUGCUCAAUCAAGCACAGAAGUUGAAUAUCGUGCUCUCGCUGACACCACUACUGAAGUUAUCUCGAUUCGUUGGCUUCUCAAAGACUUAGGUGCUCCUCAGUCAUGCUGA